CAAUCGGCCCUUCCCUACUGUCCUUCCCCCAGUACCGUAGAAGCCAAAUCUCGCCGCUGCGAUCUGCAAAACCAGCGCAUAACUCUCAUUUGAGUGGCAAAGUUUUCCACUUUCAAUGGACUCCCUAUGGCUAUUUCUAUGAGAAAUCUCGAAAAAGCUGCAAUCUUUAAACCUUCUCCACACUUAAUUCCACAGCUCAACUUCAAUGGCCAACUCCUCAACAGCGCCGCCACCCAGUUGGAUGAUCAACAAGCCACAAGGCUACGAAGAAGAUUUGGAGAACAACAGCAAGUGUUCCUUCUUGCUGGAAAAGUUGUCAUUGAUUAAUCCCAGAAAAUGUUGGCCUCUUUUGCCAAAAGGGUGUUCUUAUAUUACCAAUAUUCAUCCAAAUUUGAAGUGUUCGAAGUUGAACUGUAGGCAGUUGAGUACAACUGUUUUGCCACGCUCCACUUCAUUCUAUGCUUUUCAACAAAAGCUGUCAUUUUGUAAUCCCAAAAAGAUUUGGCCUUUUUGGUCAAGAGGGUGUUUUAAUUUAACUGGUAGUCAUCCAAAUGUGAACCUUUUGAAGUUGAGUUGUAGGGGAAUCUGUAGUUAUGUAGAUAAUGAUGGUGAAUUAGAAAGUGAUAAUGAUGUUGAGAGUGAGAGUGAUGAGAGGGUGGAGUCGAAGGCGGAUCCUAAAGAGGUGGAUAGGGUGUGUAAGGUUAUUGAUGAGUUGUUUUCGUUGGAUCGGAAUAUGGAGGCUGUUUUGGAUGAAUGUGGGAUCAACUUGAGCCAUGAUUUGGUAGUGGAUGUGUUGGAGAGGUUCAAGCAUGCUAGAAAACCAGCAUUCAGAUUCUUUUGUUGGGCGGCUCAAAGGCCAGGGUAUGCUCAUGAUUCAAGAACUUAUAAUGCAAUGAUGGCAAUACUUGGAAAGACGAGGCAGUUUGAGACCAUGGUCUCGGUUCUUGAAGAAAUGGGGGAAAAGGGUUUGCUUACGAUGGAGACAUUUUUGAUCUCCCUGAAAGCAUUUGCUGCAGCAAAAGAGCGUAAGAAAGCUAUUGGGAUUUUUGAGUUGAUGAAGAAAUACAAGUUUAAAGUUGGGGUGGAGACUAUCAAUUGUUUACUUGAUGCCCUGGGAAGGGCAAAGCUUGGAAAAGAAGCACAGUUAUUGUUUGAGAAAUUGGAGCAUAGAUUUACACCAAAUAUACAAACAUAUACAGUUUUGCUCAAUGGUUGGUGUAGGGUAAAGAAUCUGAUGGAUGCUGGUAAAGUAUGGAAUGAGAUGAUUGAUAAGGGAUUUAAGCCUGAUAUUGUCGCCCAUAACACAAUGCUGGAGGGUCUGUUUAAGUGUAAAAAGAGGUCUGAUGCGAUCAAGCUGUUUGAGGUUAUGAAAGCCAAGGGUCCAUCACCCAAUGCAAGAAGUUAUACAAUCUUGAUACGAGACUUGUGUAAGCAGGGGAAGAUGGAUGAAGCCAUUGACUACUUUGAGGAAAUGCUUAGUUCCGGAAGUGAGGCGGAUGCUGCAAUUUUUACCUGUUUGGUAACAGGCUUUGGAAAUCAAAGGAAGAUGGAUAAAGUCUUUGCAUUGCUGAAGGAGAUGAAGGAAAAAGGAUGCCCACCUGAUGCGCGACUGUAUAAUGCGCUGAUCAAAUUAAUGAUAAAUCGACGAAUGCCAGAUGAUGCAGUUAGUUUAUAUAAAAAGAUGAUCCGGAAUGGAAUUCAACCAACUAUUCACACUUACAAUAUGUUGAUGAAAUCAUUCUUCAUGACAAAGAACUAUGACAUGGGUCAUGCAACUUGGGAGGAGAUGAGUCUGAGGGGUUGCUGUCCUGAUGAAAAUUCUUACACUGUUUUCAUUGGAGGGCUUAUAGGGCAAGGGCGAUCUAUGGAGGCUUGUAAAUACUUGGAGGAAAUGAUAGACAAAGGCAUGAAAGCACCUCAACUUGACUACAAUAAAUUCGCGGCUGAUUUUUCUCGGGCUGGUAGGCCUGAUAUAAUGGAUGAGUUGGCUAAGAGGAUGAAGUUCUCUGGGAAGUUUGAGGUCUCAAGUCUCUUUGCUAGGUGGGCUGAGAUGAUGAAGAGUAAAGCGUAGGGAUCCCAGCUGAUAGUCAAUGCGAAUAAAUUAUCUAUUUCAUGUUCUCUAUAAUGCAGAUGAGAGGAUCACUAACCAAUCAGUAGCACCUUUGACUAUCAAUGACAAAGGAGUGUUAUGUAAGGUCUGAAUUAUGAAAACUCAUAAUUAUUCCAGCUGUAAAUCCCUUCUUGUCAUAGAACAUCUUGUAUUUUUUUUGGUUCUUUUAGCAAUCAUUAGGCUUCUUGCUAAUUUAAGCAUCUUUUCGCUCCUCUCAUGUACUCUUUCCUCUCAUUGGUGAUUUUCUUUUUCCUUUACAAGAACUGCAUACAAUUUUGAUGCG